AUGGGAGAUCACGCUGAACUUCUUUAUCGUCGCCGUGAAUUCUCCCAAGCAAUUGACGUUUGCAAACAAGCACUACAGUAUCACGAGACUGAUUUAAAAGCGAACUUACUUUUGAGUAAAAUAUAUAAAGAAGAGAAUAAAUGGACAUUGGUACUUCAGCCAUGUCAGACUGUUAUUCAAGUUGAUCCACACAAUGAUGAGGCUAAUUCGAUUCUGGCAGAUUUCUAUUACAUAAAGAGCGAGGCUGACAAUGCAUCAACUGGAUACACAGCGUUGUUGAAUAAAAAUUCACAACACUGGCAUGCAUUAUCCAGAGUUGUCGAGUUAUUCUGUCGAAAUGGAGAACAACUCACCGCUGAAAAAUACUUGGACAAAGCAAAAGAAGUGAACCCUCGAUGCGUAACUGAAUCUGGUUACAACGUUUGUCGCGGUCGUUUCGAAUGGUACACUGGAGAUCAGAAUCAGGCGCUUCGGUACUAUUCAAGAACAAAAGAUAGCUGUCCGAUAUGGAGAGAAAAAGCGUUGUAUUACAUGAUUGAUAUAUGCUUGAAUCCAGAUCAUGAGAUUAUUAUUGAUGCAAAUAGCGUUGAGAAUCCAGAGACUACAGUAAUCGAAGAAGCGAGUGAACAACAGAAAUUAGCUCUUCAUUAUCUGGAUUUACUCGGAAAACUUCCAAUAACUGAUCGAUAUCUUCUUGCUCAAAACUUUAUUCGAAUGCAUACAACAGACAAAUCAAGUAUCCAAGCAGCACUCGAAGAGUUCAAUAAGAUGGCAUUUAAUGCAGAUCGAACUCAAAUUGUGAAUGUUGGAGCAGUGUUUGGAGUAGCCAGAGGACAUAUGCUUCUGAAACAACUACAGAAAGCAAAAACAGUUCUGAAAAUGGUGAUUGGAAGAAUUUGGAACUUCGAUGAUAGUGACUAUCUGGAGAAGUGUUGGUUGCUGCUGGCAGAGAUAUAUGUUAACCAGAAUAAGACUGAUCAAGCAGUCCCUUACCUGGAUUUGGUCUUGAAAUACAAUUGUAAUUGUCUGAAAGCAUUCGAAGCAUAUGGAUUUAUGAGAGAGCGAGAACAGAAGUAUGUGGAAGCUUAUAAGAUGUACGAGAAGGCAUUUGGAGCAACGAAAGAGAGAAACCCAAUGUUUGGUUACAAACUCGCUUUCACAUAUCUCAAAGCCCGUCGUCUCUUCCCCUGCAUUGAGACUUGUCAGAAAGUUCUUGACUUGAAUCCCCAAUAUCCAAAGAUCAAAAAAGAAAUUAUGGACAAGGCAAUUGCUUUGAUAAGAACCUAA